AUGCACAUGUGCAGUGGGCAAGAAGAAGAUUCAAGACAAAGCAGUGUGCCUACGGGCAGUGGGAGUGCCAACCUCCACAUAACCACAGCUGCAUUGCAUAUGGAUGAUCUGUCACUCAUGACUGCUACCCGUAGCUAUGGUGGCUUUGGCCCCAUACUGACCCGCUCAAUGCUUCUGUUCUUCAGGCUGGCCUGGCAGCUGCACAUCAACUUCCCUUCUCUCUACGUCAUGGCUUCUGUGAUGCUCAAUAUAUGCAUGCAAGUUCAGAUUGAACUGCUCUGA